UUUUGUUAAUUCCAACAGAUUUGACGUUGACGCUGUUUUUGAUCGCCGGCCUCGCACCCUCUUCUAAUUUUCAGCAUAUCUUUACAACUCGUCGUACUAGCGCCGAUGCCGCGACAUUACAACCGUAUCGCCUGUAUCAGCUCACCAUCACGACUGAGAGGCCCAUCACCUGCCUGCCUGUCACCAUGCCGCCACCACUCAUAACCCCAUCGACGAGUCCCUUGCGCAGCCUUUCGGAGCAGGGCUCCGAGCGAGGACUGGGAGACCAUGCGAAUGACUGGGAAUGGGGCGGUUUCGACCAAGAAUCAGAGCAGGACCUCAAGCUCGGGAAAGUCGAGCAGGACGCUUUGGGGCUUCAGAACCUCGAGUAUGAGGACCAGAGCCAAGCGGAGUGGCACGUGCCUCUCCGAUCACCAUUGCCCAAGGGCAAGACCAUAUCUGUGGAUAUCCCCGAGAGCACCCUUGCAACCCCAAGAUCGCUGUACAAGAGGUACAACGCCGUCACCGAUGCCUGGGAACUCCCCCCGUCAGUCCCGGAGGACAAGGCUCUGGCCGCCCUCCAACAAGGCGACCACAGUGCUCGUCGUGCCCAGGUCAAAGUCGGCAACAAGGACGAAAACGACGACGACGACGACGACGACGAAGAUGAGUAUUAUCUGGAUGACUUUGCGAUAUAUGCCGACAACGCUCAGCACUCCGGCGAUCUCAUAUCGCUGCAUGAGCUAUUCCGCAUGGGAAAAUCCACCCUGUUCUUCGACGGCACUCUUUCCAAAGGCCAGAACCGGCACGAAAAGUGGCAACUUGAGCACGUGGCCUUCGAUGAGCUCUCUAUCGGAAAUUAUGGCCUAGAGAACCACACGAUCGGAGAUAAGGUCUGGAUCCGGUCGACAUUGAACCGCGAAAAAGGCGGCGUCUGGUACAAGCUGGGCGCGCCUGGCAUCGAGUACAUCCGCUUUUUCGAACCGUUCCGCUGGCUAGCCGACCUGGCCAAGCAUUUGGUUGACUUUAUCGAAUCUCGUAAUAACGAGGCUGGUAUACACGACUUCCGCGAAGAUUUCGCGCGCUGGCUUGUGCUCCGCCAUGGAAACGAUGCCAGCUUCCAACAAUGGUUCCAGCAGCACCCUAGUUACGACUAUCGCUCAAAGGUCUCGGAAUACGCCGAAUUCCUUUGGGACCAAGUCUACGGGACUGUAACGGACAGCCGCCAAAUCAAGCUCUUCAACGAGGUCCUGCAUUUCACGCAAUAUCCAGAGCAUUCGCCGUUGGCCAACUACACCGUCGUCACCCCAUACAUCCAUUCCCUCUUUGACCACCUGGACUGCCAGUCCUUCCUGAAAGCGACUUCGCCGAAAAACGCACGUGCAACCACUAUCCCUCGCGUAACCCACAAGCAGGCACGAAACGAUGGACCUUUGACAGAGGCAUUACUGGCAUCUAUCAAACCCGGGGAUGUAAUCUCGACACCCCCAGAUGAUUCGACAAGCGGGACGAAGUGGGCGCACAACCACAACCAUGCCAGGUGGUACGCCCGGGUACAGGGUUUGUCACGCACCAAAAAUGGAGAGCGAAUGUUUCACAUUGCAUGGCUCUAUCACCCCAAAGAUACCCCAUGUGGCAGCCAGCGCUACCCGUGGGACAACGAGCUCUUCUAUUCGAGCCACUGUAGCUGCCAUAGCUCUACGACGGAAGACCGCCCCAUCCCUGCUGGAGAGGUAUUGGGUAUACAUUCGGUCGAGUGGUUCGGCAAUGAGAACACAAAGGCGGAGUUCUUUAUCAGGCAAAUGUAUUUGACAGAUGAACGUCGCUGGGUCGUUCUGCGGGAAUCAGAUUUUACGUGCAGCCAGGACAGAGGGAGGCGGUACGAGGUUGGCGAUACGGUACUCGCACGAACUUUCCCUAAUGGGAAGACUCUCGAACCGUACGAAAUAGUCGACUUGUCCGGGGGCAACGCCAAUUUCAGGAAGCUAGAACGGAGGGAUAGGAUCGACGGAUCCGACACCGCACCGAACGAGCUUAUAUACACAGACGACACCAUCUCGAUGCCGAUCUCAUGGAUCCAAGGGCCUUGCACCGUCCGCAUAAUUCCCAGCGACGCCGCACCAAGCACUCCAUACGACAGGCGGGGAACUGGGAACAUUUUCUACAUUACUCAUCGACGACAGGACGACUCAACCCUAACACCCUUCGACGAUGCCAGCAUUCCCUCUACCUUCAGGCAGGGGUUCAACCCUCUGGAAAUGGGGAAAUCCUUCACACCGCUGCGAGGCCUCGAUCUUUUCGCUGGCUGUGGCAACCUCGGUCGCGGUAUCGAAGAGGGCGGGGCUGUCAGGGUGAAGUGGGUGAACGACAUUUGGAACGUGGCUAUACAUACUUAUAUGGCCAACGCGGACCCGGACGCUGUUCCAUUCCUCGGCUCGGUCGACACUAUGCUGGAGAAGGCGCUCAAAGGGGAGUGUGGUCCGUCGGUACCGGCCAAGGGAGAGGUCGAGUUUAUCUCUGGAGGUUCGCCAUGCCAGGGGUUCUCUUUACUCACCGCCAACAAGUCGUCGGAAGCGCAAAAGAAGAACCGGUCUCUGGUGGCGUCUUUUGCGUCUUUCGUCGACUUUUAUCGACCAAAGUACGGCAUCCUCGAAAACGUCAGCAGUAUGGUCGGAAAAUCGGAUAACCCCGGGAGCGACUAUUUUUCCCAGCUGCUGUGCGCAAUCGUUGGCAUGGGAUAUCAAAUACAGAUUAUCCUGGGUGAUGCUUGGACGUACGGCGCCCCUCAAAGUCGAUCGCGCGUCUUUCUAAUAUUCGCGUUGCCUGGAUGCACUCUACCGGAACGGCCCAUGAUGUCGCAUUCUCAUCCAGGGGGGACGAAACGGUUCAGCCUCGGGAAAUUAAGCAACAACGAACAAUUUUCUCAGCGCGAGUUUGAACCGACGGCAUUUAGUUACGUAUCCUCUGGCGAGGCCAUGAAAGGCCUGCCAAAUAUCCAGGAUGGGAGAGUGCGGAUCUGCCCGGGCUUCUCGGACCACAACUCCUCUGCAACCUCGCCCAUCGAACAGCUCAGGACCUCGCUGAUCCCGACAGCCCCGUACGGCAUGGGCUUCGCCAAGGCCUACUACAAGACCGGGCAGAUUACCGAAGCGGAACGCCUUUGCUUUCCCGAAAACCCAAGCCAUCGCGUCCAGCCCAAAUCGCGAGGCUGGACGCGGCAGGAUCCCACCAAGCUCUUCGCGACAGUGACCACCACGCCCCAGCCGACGGAUGCGCGGACCGCCCACAUCACGCACCCGUUUGAGCACCGCACGCUCUCGAUCCUGGAAAUCCGACGCGCGCAGGGCGUCCCCGACGACGAGGUCCUCGUUGGGAGCUUUGCGAACCGCUGGAAGCUCAUCGGUAACAGCGUCGCCCGCCAGGCGUCCCUCGCCUUGGGGCUGGAGCUGCGCAGGGCCAUGUGCGGCGGCUCGCUGUACGAGACGAGGGACGUGCCCGGUGGCGUCGGCGUCGAGGUUGAGGUCCCCGAGGAGACCGUCAUGCCCGAGGUCGAGGAGAUCAAAGUGACGACGACGACGACGACCGAGAUCGAGGUGUCGUACAGGCCUGCUGCUGCUUCGGCUCAGCCUCAGCCUCAGUGCCCGACGAGUGCCCAUGGCGAUGGCGACGAACGUCCUGCCGCCGCGAGGGUUCAGGUGUCGGCCAGCAAAGCAGUCUUCACGUCAACAUCCACGCUGACGUCGCGCCUUGCCAGCGUCAUGGCUACCGGUGUUAAGCGGCGGGCGUCGUGCGGAAACGAGGUGUCCAUGGUGAAGCGGCAUCGAAAAGGCAGCCUUGAAGACACGAUCGAUAUCUAA